CAAUCACCAGUACAUACAACCGCCGCGUCAACCACACCAAACGCAUUUCCAAUAAGCAACAACGUCUCGACCGCGACCUCCACACUCAGCAUCUGCUGCUCGGACAAGACGCGUAUUGGCUAGACAGCAGUGACGCGCCAGAGUCCCAGUUCAACACGCCCAUGGACGCGGUGGAAUACCAGAGCCCACUCGCCUCGGCCAACGCAUUCGACGACGCACACGCCCUCAACGAUCUCGAAAUAGAGGACCAAGUCGCCCGCAACGUCGUCAGCGUUCCCCCCAACCCAAAUCCGUUUUUGGACGAUACGGCCGCGGGCCGAUGGCCGUCUACGCCUACUCGCCCAAUGCGAACAAGCCCGACUACCCAUCGAUUAUCACUCUCCAAUCGUCACCACCAACACGAUUCAGAGUCCUCGUCAUCCUCUCUCGUCAUUGUGGACGCUCGCCCAGCAACGCUCGAUGAUGACUCACGAGCCAUUACCUCAUCGUCGACCCCUCAACGCAGACUGCCCCCCCCUACCCAGGACAACCAGGAGCGACUCACCCACCCUCUCACUCCCACCUCGCCCCCAGCCUCCUCCGCUUCUUCCUCUUCUGCAUCCUCUGCCGGCCUCUCUUCGCCUUCGUCCAACACCAUCGACACGUCGUCCUCCGCCACUCCCACCAAUAAUGGUGGUGUCCGACGACGACCCUCGCCGUUCCCAUUGGGCCCUGUUCAAGCACCCACCCCGCCUCCUCGUCGCCGCAACCGCUACGUCCCUCCCUCCCCCCACAUUGUUGAUAUCGCCGUCGAAACGUUCAACUUGCCCACCACCACGCUCUCUACCACCCACCGCAGGAGCAUCGACUCGGAAGCGAGCCGUGCGAGCCCGGUGCAGCGUGCGUCGACAUUGAUCGACGAGGAUGAGGACGAUACCACCACGGCGCAUGCGACGAAUGUGCGCAAUUCACCCGUGAGGCAGCAUAUGCAACAGGGACACCUCGACAAGUCGGUCAUCCACUCGUCCCUUGAGGAAGAGAGGGAGAGGCAGUGGAGGCGCUUGGAUGAGGAGCGCGCGCGGUCGAUGGAGAUUACAUGGGACGCGAGUGCGGUCACCAACGAAAAGGCAGACCACGCACCCUGCAAGUGGACCAAGAAGGACAAGAAGCAAGUCAAGGAAAAGAAGGAGGUGAAGAAGGAGAAGAAGAGUUGGUGGAGGAGUUGUUUUGGUGGUGGACGCGCUAUCGUCCACGAUGAAGAGAUUGUCCCCACUCCACAGCCACUCGAGGUGGAAGAGGACGAUUAUAUGUUUGCAGAGGCGUUUAGGGAUGAAGAGGAGGAUCAGGGAGAGGUGCAAGAGGAUGAAAAGAGGGCCAUGCGUGCCAAGCGGAGAAAGACCCUCAAGAAGCGCGUCUAA